AUGCCGAAACGCGCUGCCCCGUCCGAGGCCGCGCCCGCCGUGUCGAAGAAGGUCAAGGCCGUCGCCGGCUCAAAGGCGAAGGCUUCCCCCGCCAAGGCCAAAGCCUCUCCCGCGAAGGCUACCAAGGCCGCGACUGCUAAGGCGACGAAGACCGCGAAGGUCAAGCUUGCUGAGGUCGAGGCUGAUGCCGAAGCCGCCGCCGAGACCGCCGCCGAGACUGUCGCCGAGAAGGCCCAGAAGCUCGGUGCCUCUGUCAAGAAGGCUGCGUCCAAGGCCAAGGCCAAGGUCGACGAGGUGCUCACGAACGCGUCCGAGCUGCUGAUUGACGAUGUCGAGCCCGAGGUCACUGCCGCCGCCAGCCGCGGCCAGAAGGCGCUUGCGAAGGGAAAGAAGGCCGCUGCCAAGGUCAAGGCUAAGGCUGACGAGGUCAUCGAGAACGCGGGCGACCUCCUGAUCGACGAUGUUGAGGACAAGCCGGCCAGCAAGGGCAAGAAGCGCAAGACCGCCGAGGACUUUAUCGAUGAGGAGCCGACGGCCAAGAAGCCCGCUGCCAAGGCUACCAAGGCUGUCGUCAAGGCUGCUCCGGCCAAGGCUACCAAGGGCAAGAAGGCUGCCAAGGAGCCUUCGCCCGAGCCCGAGGAGGAGGAGGAUGACGGGGAGGAGGUUCUCGGCUUCGAGACCGAGAGCGAGGACGGCGGCGCCGACUCGUCCGACGACGACAGUGACGCCGAGGACGUCGCCGUCCGCGAGGCCGGCAAGAAGGUCGACGUCUCGACCCUCGCCAAGCCCAAGGACGACAAGAGCGUUGCGAAGCGUCUCGCGCGUGCGCAGAAGCAGAAGACGGCCGCGCGCGGUACGAUUUACCUCGGCCGCAUCCCGCACGGUUUCUACGAGGACCAGAUGCGCGAGUACUUUGGCCAGUUCGGCGACGUCACCCGUCUCCGUCUUGCGCGCAACCCCAAGUCUGGCGCUAGCAGGCACUACGCCUACAUCGAGUUCUCAUCCCUGCCCGUCGCUGAGGUCGUCGCUGAGACCAUGAACAACUACCUCCUCAUGGGACACAUUCUCAAGUGCAACGUUAUCCCUCAGGACGAGAUCCACCCCGAACUCUGGGUCGGAGCCAACAAGAAGUUCCGCAAGGUGCCGCGCGCCCGUCUCGAGAAGGUCCGCCAGGACAAGCCCCGAACAAAGGAGCAGCAGGCCAAGGCCGACGAGAAGGUCCUCAAGCGGCAAGAGGAGCGCAGGCGCAAGAUCAAGGACGCCGGCAUCGAUUACGAGUUUGAGGGCCAUUAG